UGGGCGGUGGGGAGGGGAGGGUGGAGGAAAGCUGCAUAGGUGGUGGUGUUUUGGUUUUGGCUGGAAGGUUGUACCCACGCAAGACCUCUUUGGCCACCGCUCACUGCACGGGGAAAGUGGAGCCUAGGGUUCUCCAUUCAUCCCCCAUCGCUCUGGAUUCUGGCCGGGAACCCGGCUGGGGUUUGGGGGGGCCCGUCGCGAGAUGUACCAGAGUUUAGCCAUGGCAGCGAAUGCUGGCCCUCCAGCGUACGAGGGGGCAGGUGGCUUCAUGCACAGCGCGGCCGCAGCGUCCCCCGUCUAUGUGCCCACCACGAGGGUCACCUCCAUGAUCCCCAGCCUGCCAUACCUCCAGAGCAGUGGCUCUUCCCAGCAAGGCAGCCCCGUCUCCAGUCACUCCAUCUGGACUCAACCUGGAGCCGAAAGCACUGCUUACAACCCUGGAUCUUCUCACCCUCCCGUGUCACCUCGGUUCUCCUUCUCCACCAGCACCCCCAUCCCUGCUACCUCUUCCCGGGAGGCCGCAGCAGCUUACAGCAGCUCCUUGAACCUUUCUGCUAACGGGAGGGAGCAGUACACCAGGGGUUUCGGUGGCUCCUAUUCCAGCCCCUACCCAGCUUACAUGAGCCCUGAAAUGGCCACAACCUGGACUUCUUCGCCCUUCGACAGCCCCAUGCUGCACAACCUGCAGAGCCGAGGGACACCCGCAGCCGCCCGGCAUGCCAACAUAGCAGAAUUUUUUGAUGAUUAUUCAGAAGGGCGAGAAUGUGUCAACUGUGGGGCCAUGUCCACCCCGCUCUGGAGGAGAGAUGGCACAGGGCACUACCUCUGCAACGCCUGCGGGCUCUACCACAAGAUGAAUGGCAUCAACCGGCCCUUGUUCAAACCUCAGAGGAGGCUGUCAGCUUCACGUCGCGUUGGCCUCUCUUGUGCUAACUGCCACACGACAACAACCACGCUCUGGCGCAGAAAUGCUGAGGGAGAGCCCGUCUGUAAUGCCUGUGGACUCUACAUGAAGCUCCAUGGGGUGCCAAGGCCUUUAGCAAUGAGAAAAGAGGGCAUUCAGACGAGGAAGCGCAAGCCAAAGAACCUUAACAAGACAAAGACACCAGCAGGUCCAUCGAGCACCGAGAGUCUUACUCCGACCACCAGCUCCACCAGCAGCAGCAGCAGUGCCACGACCACUGAAGAAAUGCGCCCCAUAAAAACAGAACCUGGGCUCUCAUCUCAUUAUGGGCACCAUAGCCCAAUUUCUCAGGCAUUCUCAGUCUCUGCCAUGUCUGGACAUGGAUCAUCUAUUCACCCUGCGAUUUCAGCUCUGAAGCUUUCUCCACAGGCUUACCAGUCAGCUAUCAGCCAGUCUCCACAAACCAGCUCCAAACAGGACUCCUGGAAUAGCCUGGUGUUAGCUGAAAACCAUGGGGACAUCAUAACUGCAUAAGUUGGUCUUCCACCCAUGGACUUCAGGUCAAUCCACUUGAGAGAUGAAGAAGAUGCCACAUAAUCAUCAAGUCAAUGUUGUUUCCCACCUCCCUUGCUCUCCUGCCUUCUCUCCCCUUGUGAGAUAUUCCAGCAAAGAAGUAGAGAGGACUUAUCUGAGGUGUAGGAGAGCUCUUAUGAAAUGAACAGAGAAGACUCAAAUCUUAAAGUAACUAACAGACUUGAAGCCCUUUCCCCCUGCUUUCAAUGAGCCUCUCCUUAUUUGAUUGUCACCAUCUUCUAUGAAAUAGCUGGAAACACAAAUAUGGACACAGUUCUUCAGUUUCAUUUAUUUAAAAACAUCUGGCAUUUAAGACUUAGACAAUAGUGGAGCAGAGACAAUUUUUUUUCUUCUGUCACCAUCCAUUCUUUUUCUGACCAGAAGAAAAUGCCAUCAUCUUCUCACUACCCAAAUGCAGUGAUCUUCCACCAAGAAGCCAGAUUCCAAGAUCUUCCAGUUCUGGAACUGGAGCCAGUUCCAGAAUAGUUUGUUGAACAGACUUCACUAGGCAUGCUGUGGUGGCUUUAGUGGAUUUGAUAUGAUCUUGAUGUGACCUGAUGAUAAGGCAGAGAAAAAAUGAGCCCAUCCCACGCACAAAUCCCUGGCUCACACAUCUAGAGCAUUGCCUUCAUUUUCCUAGAUGGUCAGAAAACCUAAUGAAUGUCCGUAUUUAAUAGUAACUCCUUUCCUAUUUAUCUUUGCAAAAUCAUGGGACUGUGUUUCCAAAAGAUUGUUGGCUGAGCCUGGAGAAUGUCUAUCCAAAGCCAAAGAGUGAUUUUGGAAGAAGGAACCUUCUGGAAGCAGGCAGAGGAGACCCACUUUGGUCAUCAAAUCCUGGGGAAAAUUGCUGGGCUUUUCCCUUACGGAUCGCUACAAGCCAGGCUUAGAGAUUAUCCAAGAGCACAGCAAGUGUUGUGCCAUUGCUUUUAAGACAGUUAAUUUAACUAUUUUGCAUACUUUUGAUGUCGUUGAUGAAAUCCGAUUGUCAUUUAUUUCUGGCUGUUCUGUGAGUGCCCACUUUCCCCCCAACAGCUGCCUCACAACCACUUAACUCAUCUAAGGCUUUAGCAUUUCACCUUUUGCAACAAGCAAAGGCUUCAGCCCCUAAUGGAAGUAGGCAGGGGCCAUUUUCUUUCCCAAGCAUGUGCACAGACUUGCUUGCCUGCAAGAGAAGCGUAACUCCAUUCAUGCAUGAGUAUUAAAAAACUUGUGUUUUUUUUUUUUCUUGCCCAUAAGGCUCUCAGUAACUAGGGAAUCCUAGCAAACAGAGUUGGAAGAGAUGCUGAGAGCUCACUGACUCAUUCCCUUUUCCCAAAGGGAUCAAUUCUACCUAACCUCGCCCUGCUGGUCUUUCCUCUAGCACGUGCUUAACAAACUCCAGCACCACAGAUGCCACAGCUCUGCUGUGCAGACUAAGUGCUUCACCAGAUGCUUGUCAUGACCUCACCAACAUUUCCAAGGAGGGACAGCAUUGCUGGUCCAGACAGAGAAGUUCACAGAUACCUCAUCCUACAAGACUCUCCACUCUUGUUUCUGUCCACUCCCAAACUCUGUUACUCCUCUUGCCUUCCCAGCUUCUUUCUUUUCUCUCUGCAUCUAGAACUUGAGCAUGGAACUACCAAGUAAAAAUGUAGAAGAGGGAUUGUGCAUCCCUCCCAUAUGUGCCAUCCUCUGUCUCCCACUGUUAAACAUCUCCACAAAGAGUGUUUCCACUCAAACAGCAAGAUACAAGGCUUCACGAAGAGGAAAGCCACAUACAUGUUUGAAGCAGAAGAAUGGCAUUGUAUUGUCUUUCCUUGAACUCAACAUUUUCCUCCUGAUUGUAGAAAAGCUUCUUUAAGGAGAAGGAUUCAAUUGGACUGGUUGUGUAAAGACUGUGACUGGAGCCGUGCUAGAGACUUGGACCCUUCUACAUUCCCUGUGCUCUGUGUAACACAGAUUUACAGGGUUUUGGAGGGCUGACAGAGCCUUUGCACUCCCUGGAGAAAAGCACCAUGGCAGUGAUGCCAUGGGAAUGGUUGGAUGGUGUUUGCACUGGAGUUUCUACUCUGUCUUACUGAGCUAAUGAAGGGUCUGGCCUCAUUAGUUUUAAUUACAGACAAGGCAAAGGCAUUCAUGAAACAUGAAUAAAAAUAAAGGGAAUUCUGUGAUUCUGCUCAGGCCUGGUAGGCUGCAGAGGAGAGGCCAGAAACAGCAUCUAAAAAUAUGAAUUUCGGAUGAAAACACAAAAGUGUUUCUCCCUGAGCAUGUGGGUCUUCAGCCAGCCUCCUCCUUGAACUGUAUUCCUUUGUAAAUGGCAGUUGAUCUCUCUUGGGACCGGGCUGUGAAUUCCUGUCUGUAAGAGAGAAGCAUGCACCACAAAGAUGCCACUUAGCUAAUACACACACUUGAGAUACCUGGAACUACCCUGGACAACCUUAGAGGCAAAGGAGCAGUUGGCUUCCUGGAGAGGAGCUAAAGUUCAGACCAACCUCAUGCCAUAUUUCUUUUCCCAUACGGAUGCUCCCAGAGGCUGUGUCUACCUUGCCUUAUUACUGUGCUCUUCCUCCUGCCCUCAAAGCUAAACCCCCUGAUUGAAUUUUUUUCCUGCCCUUAAAAGACUCUCUGAGGUGCCAUAAAGGAGGCUGCUUGCAAUGCAAGAGGGGAAAAGCCCUGCAGGACAUAAGCCUGCCUUAUUCACCUUCAAGUUAUCUAAAUGACCAUGUCAGAGGUUUCUUAACUGGCUCUCAGCCUUCCUCAAAGACUUAAAAAUACUUCUUGAAACUCAAUGAGGAGCAUUUAUAAGGACCCUGAUAACAUAACAAGACAUUUGCAUUAAGGAAGUGAGGCUCUGGGAGCUUUGAGAACAUUGGCUAUCUUUAGUGGUAGGAAUUAGCUCUUUUGUCCCCCUGUUUACACCACAAGCAGUAGAAGCCCAGAUGCACCCAGUUCUGUUGUUCUUUUCAAUCACCCCAAACUGUAGUAGAGCUCCAGGAGCAUUUGCCAUAUUCUGGCCAACACUGAUAUGAAGACGGUGAGAGGGUGACCUCAGAUGGAGCACCAUCAUGCUAAGUGCUGUACAAACGCAUCAUAGAAUUACAGAGUAAUUUAAAUCAGAAGGGAGUAGAUAAGGUUUCUCAGGGCUCUAUUCAGUCACGUGUUGAAUAUCCUCAAGAAUGGAAAUCCUACAACCUUCCUGGGUUCUCGUUCCAUCCUCAUAGUGGAAAUGUUUUUCCACAUAAACCUUAGAUUUUAAUGCAAGGCAAAAUCAUUAACAAUUAAUUGCUCACACUUGGGUACUCGCAAGCAAUGAGUCAUUGUAGGAGACUGAAUGCUGUCUCCAAACCCAGAAAUAACACAGAGCCCCUUCGUAGAAGUAGGCGCUGAGAUGGCCAACACAGGAUGGCAAACACCAGAAGUGACAUCAACAGGAUGAGAGCAUAACAGCGCUACCAGUUUCAGGACACUCAGCUUAUUCUAGCAGGAGGAGCAACUUACAAAAUUCUGCAUUCCAUCUGAGCUCUACUUUCCUUCCCAUGAUGGGGGAGGCAUUUAAAGCCUCCUUUGGUAAUUAAAUUAGAUAAAAUUAUUAGAGGUCCAUUGAGACAUGAUAAUUAUUGCUGCUAUUAUUGCUGGAGAACCUAGUGAGGCCCAUAUCAGGCCAGUUCCUACACAAACACAGGUCUGAGAAUAUCCCUGCCCUGAGCAGUAAGAGGGAAGGGCCAGCGCCAAAAAACACUUAAGCAUGUAUAUAAAUAUGUUUGCAGAACUUGUUCCCUUAGAGGUCAUCAUUAGUCACGCAUGCAAAUUUUGACGUCAAAGGGUUUGUAGGUCAAAAGGUUAGGUUGUUCCAAGCCAGAUCUUUGCAACGGCUCAGCAGUCACCAGAGUGAGGUGGGCAGAUGAGAACCAGGAUGUUUCUACCAGAGAGGUAGAAAGUCAUUUAACCAUUUCUAAAUGUCUUUCCUCUUUACGAAAGUGCAAUAUCUUGAAUCAUUUCAGUUAUUCUUUUGUAAGUUGAUCAGAAGAGAUACACAUUUCACCACAAUCUUAUGGGCUGUGUGGAGAGAGUGCAAUCAGGAGGAGCUCAGGAAUAUUCUAAGGGAGCUUUAAAACCAAUCAACAACUCUUAAUAUAGCAUUGAAGCUGUGACUAUGUCAGGGGUGGUGUUUUGUAUUGAUUAUUUUUCUCCCCGUGUAUAAAGUCUGAAGCUUCCCAGAUCAUCUGGGAAUGUCCCAUGGAGACAAACACUUCUUUGUAAGCGGGAGAGGGAAACCAACCAACUGAACAAGCUGUAAUUAUUUAAAGAUGUAAAAAAAUAUAUAUUAUGAAGUAGUAUGGCUACCAAUCCACGUAACUUCUACACUUUUAGAACUAAUGGAAAUAAA